AAAAAUUGUCUAGUGGUACUACACGGAAGUGGCAGGAACAGCAUUAAGAUCCACAGUCAGUCAGCUCAGUCUGUGAUGUCAGAGCUUCACACCAUAAAUCCUAGGCACAAAGUGACAUGUGCUCAGUUCGACCAUCUGACAGUGAGGCAAGAGGAGACAUGUUAUACACAGACCUCAGACUGAAGAUGAUGACGCUGAUGUGGAUUACAGCGAUGCUUUUUAAUAAAAUUGAUUCUGCACAGACAAACGAUGUCAGUCAGCCGAACCCAAUGAUCACUGCUGGUGUGGGUGAGAACGUGACUCUGCACUGCUUUAGACUGGGAGAGGAUAAGUCUGGAGCCAUCAUUUGGUACAAACAAAAAGUCGGACACGAGCCUUGUGUAAUGGUCACAGUUCAACGUGAAACUCAUUAUGAAGAUGAGUUCAAGUCACCAAGAUUCAGCAUCGAGAAAGAAAAAACAAGCUGCCAUUUGAUGAUUAUUAACGUGGAGCCAUCAGAUGAAGCUGUGUAUUACUGUGCGUAUAGACAAUUUUUAACAAGGUUUGGAAACGGAACAUUUUUAUCAGUGAAAGGUGAUAGAGAUGUAAAAGUGUCAGUGUUCCAGAGCGGCGUGUCGGACUCGGUUCCUGCAGGAGCGUCAGUGACUCUGCAGUGCUCGGUUCUCUCUGAGAGCAGAUCAGCAGAACUCCGAGUGCUCUGGUUCAGAGCUGCUCCACCACAAUCCCAUCCUCAAAUCAUUUACACUCAUCACAACAGCAGCCAUCAGUGUGAGAGCGGCUCUUCUACACAGACCUGUGUGUACAACUUCUCCAAGAACAUCCUCAGCCUCAAUGAUACUGGAACUUACUACUGCGCUGUGUCUGUGUGUGGGAAGAUCAUUUUUGGGAACGGGACACGAGUACAACUGAAAGAAUCUGUGGAUCCUGUAGUGAUCUUUCUCGCUGUAUCUUUGGGAGUGUGUGUGGUUGUGAUCUUUACUCAUGCUGUAACGUGUAAAGGGGGAAACUGUGAAUGUUGCACUGGGAAAACUCAAGAUUCUACGGUAAAGAAAACACCAAAUCAGAGCCGUGAUGCGGUGGAGCUGAAUUUUGCUGCCUUACACGUCAAUAAAAGAAGAGGAAAGAGGGAACGAGCUCGUGAUAAUGUGUAUACUGAAGUGAUUUACUCUUCUGUUUCUUAGAUAAUAGAUGUCAUUGAUUUUCUCAUGUUAAUUACUCUCAUGGUCAUAAUGUUCAUUAACUGAUGAUGAAUGAAUGAAUGAAUGAAUGAAUGAAUGAAUGAAUGAAUGAAUUGAUUAAUUAAUUAAUGCAUUUGUGGUCGAGUUCACCCAAGUGUUAUGAGAAUAAA